CCCCACGGCUAGAGCUAGUGGUAGCUAGCUCAGCAGUUGGUACGGUUGCCAUGGCGUGGUGGUGAUCAAUCAAGAAAGGCGAAAGGGAAGAAGUGGUUGAUCGAAGAAGCGAUCGAUGGCUGGCGGGUGCAAGUCGGCGAUCGGGUGCGUGGACGCGCGGGUUCCGGUGAGGGCGAGCUACGUGAACCUGUACAAGUGGCCGGAGUCGGACGCGGAGUUCGUCAGGUCGGUGGCCAUGGCGCGGCGGCAGGGCGAACCUCCGGAGAGCCCGGCCGUGGCGCACCACGGCUACUACUGCAACGGCAGCGGCAGCAUGCGGCGCGGCGGCGGCGUCGGCGAGGGGUACUGCAGCCCGCGGGUGGUGGACAGCUACUCGUGCCGGCAGAUCUACCUCCGCAGCUACACCUUCUCCAAGAAGAAGGAGACGGUGCCGGAGCGCACCAUGGCCUGCCUCGGCCGUGUCAGGGACCGCGGCGCCGCCGUCUUCCCCUUGUUCCUCCCGCAGCGCGGCGGCGUCGGCUCCGGCUCCGACGCUGGCUCCGUGAACAGCGCGAGCAGCAUCACCAGAGACCCCACCGCCGACGCGGCGCCGGGACGCCGUGGCAGCAGCAAGGGGGCUCGCCGGCGGCGGCGGAAGCGGAGCAAAGGGUGCGCCGUCGUGCGGAGGCUGCACGAGGCGUCGUGCGGCGCCGUGCGCGCCGUCUUCCACCGCCUCCUCGCCUGCACCACCAGCGUCGAGGUCGCCGACGCCGGCGAGCCCACGUCACGCUGAGCCAGCGUAACGUCAGGCUGCAUGCAUGCACAUGCAUGCGAGCUUAGCUGAAUUAAGCUGUGUGUUUCACUCUACUGUUUUAAUUUUUCGUGUGCUACAUAUAUAUACAGUAAAUUAAAUUAAAUUCCACUCGAGUUAAGUACAGUAGCUAGCAAACAGUAAUUUAUUUCCGCUGUUAGUAGUAAGCUACAAAAAAAAUGCAUGGACACAUGUCAAUCGA